CCUGAGUAAGCGCGGGAUUUUUCUUUCUUCAACCUCUGUAUCCUGGCCGUUACUCUGGCGAGGACGCGCGCCUUGUGUUUAAAUUCACACGCAGGCGGGAAGAACGCGACCGACCGUAGAACGUGGGCUGUUGUGGCGGGAACCAUGCUGGCGUUGACGUUCACCUGCCGCGUACUUCUCAUCUUUCUAUUGUCAAAUUCGGUAAAGAUGACGGACGAAAAUCAGUUGCUGGUGUUGGACAAGCAGUGGCCUCGAGUGUGUGUGCUGGACUGUGCUAGAGGGCGCCGUCAAGCAGUGUGUGGCAGCAACGGACGAAUGUAUAAAUCUCUGUGUUCUUUUCAACGUGCCCAGUGCAUUAACAGCCAGCUGAGGAUGGACACACUGUCAACAUGCACAGCAGAUGCGUUGAGCUCUAAAUGUCAGCUGGCUCGUUCUCAAGCUCUGCGGGCCAGUGCUCGUUCGGAUUCCUUGGCCAUCUUUAUCCCAAUAUGCGACGCCGACGGAUCUUAUGCUGAGGUGCAGUGUCACACUCAGACAGGUUUUUGCUGGUGCUCCAGCGCUGAUGGGAUGCCUGUGAGCGGAAGCUCUGUCCUACACCUGCGGCCCAACUGCACAGGUCAGAUGUCAGAUAUUGCUCAGGAAACCGACGCGGAAUUAGCACAAGCGAAACGAGGUGUUCCUGAUCCUGUGCCGACGACUGAAGGAGUCACUGUGCCUCCAUUUUGGGUGACAAUCCUAUUGAACUCUGACCCGAAUGGAAAGCGUCCGGUCAGACGACCCACAGACUCUCUAAAGAACUGUGAACACGAGAGAAUGUCUUUGCUCGCUGAAGCGGGCAUUCAGGGGUCAGAUGAGCGUUUUAUCCCAGAAUGCAGUGCAGAUGGGCGGUACAAAUCCGUUCAGUGCCACAGCGGCACGGGAUACUGCUGGUGUGUGAGAGUGGACUCGGGGCGGCCCAUACCAGGCACUUCUGACAGGAACCAACUGCCUGACUGCAGCUCUCAGGAAACAAACACACUCAUCAUCAACAACAGCUACACAGAAACACCUCUCUCAGGUUGUUCCAGUGUUCGAAAGACUGACUUUUUGAAGAGUUUAAUAGAAGCAUUUCAGCAGGAAGUUGAAAGUGUUGCUCCAUCUUCUCCUUACAGGACACCCGAGUCCCGUCUUCACGUCCCCACCUCUCCUCCCUCUGUUCACACUCUCCGUCUGUACUUUAUGCUGCUGGACACAGAUGGUGAUGGUGUUCUCAGCGAGCGAGAAGCUCGUCCGUUACGGCUCCUGCUUCGCAGAAGUCUGCGUCCUCGCCGCUGUGCCAAGAAACUCAUGCAAUCCUGUGAUCGUAACGCAGACCGUCGCCUCAGCUCUCAAGAACUUACUUCCUGUCUUGGCAUUUGAGGCCCAAAUCCAUAAAUAUUGUGCAGGAUGAAGUAUCUUUGGAAGUGGUUUCAGACAUCAGUUUGACCUUCAUCUCUCCACAGCUCCUUUGAGUCUGUGACUGCAGCGUUCAAUCACUUCACUCUGGGUUUUUGAAUCUGUUUCAGCUCUCGCCGGCACUCUGACCUUUUCACUUAUGCAAGUCCAAACGCUGUGCCUUUCAAAUAAAGGACUCGUUAUUGGUUUUGUAAAAAUA